AUGGUGGAUCAUCCAGUUAUGGCUUCCUCAACCAAGAAACCUAUCUUCAUCAUAGAUCUGUCUGGACAAAACUCAAAUCCUUAUCUUCCGAACAAGUUUGCUAGGUCAAAUGGUCUGAACAACAGACAGUGUGAGAUCGAUCUAAGGAACGAACAUGGAAAGUCUUGGACUCUUGAUCUUACACACAACAAAACAACUGGUCAAGCAUUUGUCCGUAACGGUUGGACUACUUUCUGUAUAUCAAAUGGGAUCAAAGCAGAAUCCUUUUGUAGAUUCAAACUUGUCCAAAACGGAACAAAACCUGUGUUACAGUUGUGUCCCAACACUGAAGGUGGUAGUGAGAUUAAAUCCAAGGAGAGCUCAGAGCCUGCUUUAAUGAAUCAGAACAAGAUUGUGGCAUUAGAAUAUAAACCUUACAUGUUGAGAGGUCGACUUCUUAUUCCUGCAUCAUUUGGAAGAGCUAAUGGGAUUAAGGAAGCGGGAGAGAUAACUAUAGUGAAUAAAGAUGGCGUGGAGUGGAAGUUACAUCUAGGUCACAUGAAGAGAGAUGAAACAUUUUACAUUACAGGUUUAAAAGAAUGCUUUGUAGCCAAUGAGAUAAAGAAAGUUGGUGAUGGCUUCACACUAGAGGCUAUCAGAGGAGGAACUAAUCCUAUUCUCAAGAUCUGCUCCAAGGAAGCAUCAUUUGAUAGCUAUAAGACUCCACAGCCAAGGAUGAUUCAAGCAUCACGAGAUAAGGAAACUAGAGUACAAAAGAAAGCUCGAGUUUCUGCAGAAGCAGGACCAUCUCGCCGAACUAGGGCAUUAAACAAAUCAAGUGCUGGUCCAGCAAACUUGAAGGGCAAGCAACCUCUUCAACCUUGCUCAAUCUCUGAUCAGGUAGCAAAGGUGAAGCAGAGUGUUGUGGAUGCUUUAACUGAUGUAAGACAGUUUCGGUCAGAGCUCGAGAUAAAGGAACAUAAUCUAGAAGAUGCGCUGCUGGAAAUCGAUGUGUUAGGUAUGAUAUAA